UACACUUUUCACUUACACACUCAUGUAACACCUUCUCCAAGUUUCAAUUUCUAUAUUCAAGACAACCCAUUUUAUGGUACAAGACACAUAAUUUCUUAUUUUUCUAUUCAAACCAAACCGUUUCAUUAAUUAAUUAAUUCCUAAAUAAAUAAUUCAAAGGGUCACACCAUUUUUCUUCAAUCUAUCUCUAACGUAUUUGAAAGUACUUAUUAGAAUCUUCACUCUUUAUUUACAUGUACUCCUAAGUUUGUGCCUUAUAUAAGAGUUGUCAAGUGAACAUUUUCCAAGACUGAAAAUCAGUUGCUAUCUUUUGCUUAUAAGAGAAUCAUAAAGAAUCUUGCUUUUCAAUUUCAUACUCUAAAGAAGAAUGCAAAUGAUAACAAUAAGACCAAUGGAUUAUGAAUCUAAAGAAGGAGAAGUUACCUUAAGAACAAUGAGUUUCAAGAGUGAAAGAAAAAUAGAUGAAUUGUAUAAUCAAGAAAAGUUAGAUGAUGAGGUUGUUCAUGAAGAAUCUACAUGUUCAAAGAGAAGGAAAAUUGGAAAUCUGAAGCUGCAAACUACAUUCUCAUUCAAAUAUUUGGUUACAGAUAACUCUGGUACAAAAGAGGGUUUUAUUGAUGAUGUUUUCAAUAAACAAAGCCCUUCAAUUUUGUUGCAUAAACCAGAAAUUUGGUUCUCACCAAAAUCCAUUGGAGAGCUUGAUGUUGCUGCUAUAAAGCUGCAGAAAGUUUACAAGAGUUAUAGGACUAGAAGAAAUUUGGCAGAUUGUGCAGUUGUUUGUGAAGAACUAUGGUGGAAGGCUUUAGACUAUGCUGCACUUAGUAGGUGCUCUGUAUCACAUUUUGAUUCAGUUAAAACAGAAACAGCUCUUUCAAAAUGGGCUAGAGCUAGGACUAUGGCUGCUAAGGUGGGAAAAGGAUUGUGUAAAGAUGAUAAAGCACAAAAAUUAGCUCUUAGACAUUGGCUUGAAGCUAUUGAUCCACGUCAUCGAUAUGGACACAAUUUACACUUGUACUAUAAUGUUUGGUUCCAUAGCCAGAGCUCACAACCUUUUUUCUACUGGUUGGAUGUUGGAGAUGGAAAAGAAGUAAAUCUUGAUAAGUGUACAAGAUGUGAAUUACAGAAGCAGUGUAUAAAGUACCUUGGACCUAAAGAAAGGGAAGUAUAUGAAGUUAUUAUAGAGGAAGGAAGGCUUGUUUAUAGAAAAAGCAAGAACCUUGUACACACUUGUGAAGGAUCUAAGUGGAUUUUUGUUCUUAGCUCAUCCAGAAUUUUGUAUGUUGGAGAGAAGAAGAAAGGCCAAUUUCAACACUCAAGUUUCCUAGCCGGUGGUGCUACUAUUGCAUCUGGAAGAUUGGUUGUCCAAAAUGGUGUUCUUGAUGCUAUAUGGCCCUAUAGUGGACAUUACCGACCUACAAAGAAGAAUUUCAUGGAAUUCAUUGGCUUCUUGAUGGAACACAAUGUGGACUUGACAAAUGUAAAGAAAUAUCCAAUUGAUGAUGAUGUCCCACCUUCAGAGCAAGUUGACAAUGAGCUUCAAUUUAAGUCCACAAAUAAUACUACUAAUGCAAAUUCAAGUGAUUCUGCCAAAAGGUGCAUCCAAAAUAAUGUGGCAAUUACACAACAUAAAGAUUGCAAGCCAUUGUCAAGCAAAUGGACCACUGGAGCUGGUCCUAGGAUUGGUUGUGUGAGAGAGUACCCAUCAACACUCCAAGCUAAGGCACUUCAACAACUCAAUUUAUCACCUAGAGUCAACAAUGGAAAAAUUGCUAACAAGACACCUAUUCCCUCACCAAGACCUAGUCCAAAAAUUCACUUGUCUCCUAGACUUGUGCACAUGGGAAUUCCAAGCCCUAGAGUACAUGUUACUUCAGCAAAUUGAGAUCUAUUUAGUCCAUGUUUAAAUUGUCGGUGAAUCUGGUAGAAUUACGGUGUUGCAGACUUGCAGUGCGCUUUAGAACUAUAGCAAAAAAUCAUAGUACCACCGUAAUUUUGUCAAACUCACCAUCAAUUCGAACAUGUACUUAUCAUCAUAAACUAUUUUAUAUUCAUUUUCUAAUAAUAUCAUGUCUUUUCAUUUAUACCUUAGUUUAGAGUAUAGGAUGAAGGUUACAACAUAAGAGAUCUAACCAAUGAUUCAUUUUUUUCAUUUAGUUCUUUUUCUCUUGACCAAUUCUUUUGGUCAUUUAGCAUAUGAUGAAUAAUGUUUUUUGGUCCCUUCAUAUGUUUAAUUACCCAAUUGUAUUUUGGACUUGGGUCAA